AUGGACGGACGACUUGGCGUGAUCCAACCUUACGAGCAGUCCGAGCACGGCUGGCUCCGAUAUGUCUCGAACACAAGGCGGGCAAAACGUAAGGGCUGGAAUACUGGACGCAUGGUCACCGCUUUGCUCGGGCCUAACGAUGUCAUCGAGGACAUCUACGUCUACUGCUCGAUCCAGAGUGAAAUCCAGUCUCGCUUGAUGCGCUUUGGCACCAACUUCUACAUCGAAUCGGAUUUGAGUCGUGCGUUUGCAACGAUGAGACUGGCGAUCGAGCUUUCACGCUGGUUGGGCUUGCAUGUUGGGCGAACAAUCUACAUCGCGAAGCGAGCGAUGCUGGGCCUCAAGUGCUUCCCUGGUUUAUUUUCGCAGAUCACAGUUCCGAGUUUUUCACGGUGCCGCACAUCGCCAGACGCUGUGCGGGCUUUUCGCGAUGAAGUUCGUAGUUGUAUUGAGAAAGAGGGCUGGCUAGGAUGGGGGAUCGCUGAGGCGAUACAGAGAACAGGUUGA